UGGAGACAGCGGUACUUUCAGGGCAUAUGUUAAGACAACUUUGUGGUGUUGUUGUUUUAUUUGUUAACAUUGUGUAUCAAGAUAUUUGCAGGGACAAUUUCUUCCACCGAGUUUACCCGCAGCCCUCGAGCAACACCCGCUCGCUGAAUAAUCACCUAGCGUAGGAAACAAGCGCACACAGAGUCAAAGGACCCAAUUCAUCAACACGAGCUUGAAUACUCAAAAUAUUCUGUGUGGUGUGUUGGAAAUUGUAAGCUGGCUGGUGUUCGGACCUCAAUGAAUGUUUGAUGUGCUGUGUACCACUGACGCACUGCAGGGAUGAAGGCUAAGAAGAAGAAGAGACAGGAUGACUUCCAGAAAGUCAAGUUAAAGGUGGGCAAGACGAAGCCCAAAGCCAAUAAUGCCACCAACACCAACUUCCGCACCAAGGGAAUCCAUCUGUCCGAGCAGCUGAGGAGGGACACCAGUGGCCCCACCACUCACAGACAGCUGGGCAUCAACGACCUCUUGUCCCAGCUUCACCAUUACAAUGCCAACGUGAAACAGAGCGCCCUGCUGGGUUUGAAAGAGCUGCUGUCUCUUAAUCCUUCCUUGGUGGAGCAGCAUCUGUCUCGCCUGCUUUCUGAGGUGGCAGCUCUCUUCACAGACAAGGAUGGCAAUGUUCGCAUGGCAGCCUCACGUUUGCUCAGGUUCAUUGCGCAGUGUGUGCCUGCAGAACGAGUGGCUCCGUUUUUCCCCCUCCUCAGUGCUCACCUGUCCUGUGCCAUGACCCACAUUGAGCCUGGCAUCCAGGAGGAUGCCAUGAAGAUCCUUGAUGUGUUGCUGGACCACUACCCUGCUCUACUGGCUGCACGGCCUGCUAUCCUCCUCACAAAUUUUCUGGAGUUGAUCUCCCACAGACGCACCAGUGGAGGAGCCAAAAAGCCUCAGGAGACCAAGGGGAGGAGCUGGGCUCUGUCAGUCAACCCCACCAGGGCUGUGACCAGCCAGCAGUGGCGACUCACUGUGCUCCUCAGGCUGGGGCGGUUUCUGCAGGCAGUAGUUGAGGAAAGACCAGAGGAAGAAGGUGAUAUGUCUGUCUCAUCUGAUGGAGUGUUUGGUUCCAGUGGAGAGGGGCGGAUUACACCUCUGGAUCUCAACUGGGAGGAGCUCUCCUACAGCAAAACUGGAGUCAAGGUGUAUGAACACUCUGGGGCCAAACCCACUCCACACUCCACCUACAGACUCAGGCCAGAGGUGGACUCUGGAGCUGGAGUGGGUGAGGGGCUGAGCUCAGCUGAGGCUGUGCAGAGCUUUGCAGCGACACUGGUGCCCCUCCUGCUGGAGAUGUGGGUGGAGGCCAGUGCCAAUGACUGUCCCUGGAACAGCGGCGAGGGGGCCCACCUGCUCACCCCAGACGCCAUGUCAGUGAUGUUCCAAGUCCUGACUAUUCUGCAGCUGCUCAGAAAGUUGGCACCACAGAAGGAGGACCAGGAUGCACUGGACGCAUGGUUCCGUAAUGAAUACCUGGGAGAUUUUAAACAGCACUUCAUGAAGAACUUCCCCUAUGGCACACGAGACACACCCAAACAUAAAAAGAAGCUUGACCUUAAGAGGAGUAAGCAGACCGCAGCGGUCCCAGGACAGACGGUGGAGCCUCUAGCCCUGAACAUCACCCUGUGCCAGGUCAUGGUGUUCCUCAGUCAGAGGCAGGGGCUCGGCCGGGACAAUGAUGCCGACUGGCUGAUCCCCUUGAGGUCAUUUGUCCGAGACACUCUGGCCAAUGAAGUAAAGCUGAGCUACAAACAUCUGCACAUGCUGCUGGGCACGGUGUGGAGGAUGGUGCUCACACAGAGGAGCAAAACAGUGACAGAGGACCUGUUGGCAGCAGUGUAUGUCUACUACCAGCAGAGGAACCUGACUCUACAGACAAGAUCGCUGCUGCUGUCCUUCUACAGCAAGCUCUACCUACAGGAGCAAGGGCAUACACACAUUGCCAGGAGUAAGAUGCUGUGUCGAUGGCUGGCAGCUCUCCCUGUGCAGCUGGCCCAGCUUGGUCACCGAAACCCGGCUCUCUCUGCCCGACUCAUCCUGUCGAUCCAGGCUGCCGCGUCUCGAGGCAACAAGGACCUGCUGAACGGUUUGCAGACACAUGCCUGCAGGCUCUAUGAUCCGCAGGAAGGAGUUGUGGUGCUGCUACCAGCGGAGUCUCAGCAGCGACUGGUGCAGCUGCUCUACUUCCUACCCAAGAUGUCCCAGGCUCUUCUGGCCAAUCUGAGCCGCUGCUGCACUGCUGGGCGAAUCUCCGCUGGCCUAGCUGCCUCGCUGAUUCGUAUCGUACACCUUAGGUCGUCUCUGAGCGGCUGGUCAGUCGGGAGCCAGGAAGCGGCUCUGCAAGACGUGGACUACAUCAGCUUCCUGUUCUCCUCCCUGACUGGGUUCUCAGCUGACGAGCUGGCAACGCUGCAGGAGGCCGGCGAUGACAGCGUCCUGGCCCCCUCCCCUCUCUCGCCCCUCAGCCUCUACCCCACCCCCCUGGAGCAGUUCACACACCACUGGGAUGUUGUCGAGGAGGUCUGCCACUGUUUGGAAACUCUGGGCUCACAGUCUCAGUGCUUUGACAUUUUGCAAAAUGGCAUUUGCAAAUAUCUGACCAGGUUAGGGGUGGUGCCUGACAGUAUGGCAGCAGGGCUGCUGAGAGCAGUGGCCAGACUACUGGACCUGUCCAUCCUACCCAUUGAUCCUGUGCUGCGCUUCCUGUCCCAGUGCUGCCUCAGCCUGUUGGCUCUGCUUAUCACCCUGCAGCAGGAGGCUCCGUCCGACACCAACCACAAAAGGGAGGCAAUAUGGGGUGCGUGUGUAUCAGCGCUGAGCACCAUUCCCCGCCUGCUGCGGAUGGUCCUGCAGUCUCUGCGUGUCGGUGAUCUGUGCGAGGAGGAGCUGCCACAGCUGGGACAGAUCCUGUCGAUGCUGCUGCAGCACACACCACUCCGCAACCACCUGAUGGCCAAUGCCGCUCUGCUGCAGCACAUUAUACAAGACCUCACGAGGUACUCACGGGGGGAGACCAGAGAGCAGUGGCUGACAGACCUGCUGUACUGUUACAGUGUCACCGUGGCUCACGGCUCCACCACUCACCGUGGAAACAUGGGACUUCGAGACAUGUACUGACCGCACCCACCACCACCUGGUGCCUUGCUCAGUUCACCUUCUCAAUCCGUUGAAAAUACAAACACUCAUGCAGUGUGUGUACAUAGACUAAACAUCCAGAAAGAAAUCAUAGAGGGAAAGUGUUUUCUUUUUGUCAAUGCUUUUGUGAGUGUUGCCUUUUUACUGUCUUACCCAACCUCUCUUUUUUGCUUCAGCCCAGUAAUUGUUGCAAUUGCAUUGCUAUUGCUGUAUGAUGGUCCAGUGUUUUACUUGGAUACAUGAUGGUGACUUUUUAUAACAAAAGUGGAAAAGGAAAAAAUAAAGUUGAAUCAAAGUACACUUCC